AAGCCCGGGCUUCCUCGCUGUGGGGCGGCUGGCCACUGACCUGCCCGGAGCCAGGCAGCGCAGGGAGCCUCCGAAAUAUGUAGAAAACCCCAAUGGAAAUGUCCUUUUGACUUGUUCCGAAGCAAACGGGGUGCCCCUGCUCCCCGGAAAGCUCCGGCUUUGGGCCAUUCUGACUCUUGUGGGAGUUCCCGAGGAAGGGGAUUCGGGUUUCCAGCCGGCUCUGCGAACCGGGGAGCUCCUGGGCGUGGAGGAGCGUGUGCGCCGGCGGCCGCUGGACGGGGUGCCGUUGUCCGUGGAGUGGGUGCAGCAGACAGACAGUGUGCUGGUGCAGAGCCGGGGCGCCGGGCUGAGCAGGGACCUGCUGGAGCUCUACUUUGAGAACAAGCGGAGCGGUGGGGGCAGCGUGCAGGCCGUGAGGGUGCUGGCAGGGGGCAGGGCGGCCGUCAUCUCCUUCCAGGACCGGGCAGCUGUGCAGCGGGUGCUGGAGAAGCCCCACAGGCUCCAGGAGAGCGACCUGGACCUCUCCCCAUACUACGACUUCCUGGAGCCCCCUGACUGCCCCCCGGAGGAGGGAGCCGAGGCCCCCCCAGGGGAGGCGGUAGCAGUGGAUGGCGGGCCCCAGGCGAUCUGCGUGAGCCUUGAGGACACAGCGAAGCGGCAGCUGCUGGAGUGCAGCGGGGCCCUGCCGGAGCUACAGGCUGCUUUCCCGGAGCUGACGCUGCGGCUGGAGGAGAACGGGGCCUGGAUCUCGGGCGGGGACGCAGCCCGGCGGCAGCAGCUGCAGGAGCAGCUCCUGGACACCCUGCAGGGGAUGGCCCAGGAGCUCCUGCCGCUCCCGGCCCAGACCCUCAGCUUCCUGAAGCGCGGCGACGUGCGGGAGGAGGUGGAGCGGCUGCUGGCUAGCCAGGGCUUGCCGGCCUGCUACGCACCCAGCGGGAGCGCGCUGAGCGUGACGGCGCUGAGCCCUGUGGCCGCCCGCCAGGCCAUCUCCUCGCUGAGCGCGGCCCUGAGCCCCUUUUGCCUGGCGGUGUCGGCGCAGCACCUGCACGCCCUGGGCUCGCCGCGCUGGGAGCAGCUCCAGGCCUCGCUGCGCUGCUGCACCGUGUGCCUGGCCCCCGGCGGCGAGCACCUGCAGGGCCUGACGCUGCACGGCCUGGAGCAGGAGAACAGGGAGAAGCUGCAGGGCUUCCUGCAGGACGCCGCCCUGGAUGAGAGCCUGGUGUCCAUGGAGCCGGGGAUGCUGCGCUACCUGCAGCUCUACUACCAGGAGCUCCUGGCCGGCAUCGCCGAGGUCACGCUCCUGCCGCUGGAGGGCACCGACGUCACCGGCUUCAGGCUGAGUGGGGAGGCGGGCGCGUGCCGGGCAGCGGCAGAGUUCCUGCAGAGCCUGCUGGGCACCAUCAGCUGCCAGCCGGUGACCCUGCGGCACCCCGGCGUCGCUCGCUUCCUGCUGGAAGAGCGAGGCCAGAGCAUUCUCCGGGAGCUGGAGAGCCGCUUUCAGUGUGUGAUUGGGCUGGAGCAGGUCCACUGGAGCCCCCCGUACGCACAGCAGGACCUGGAGCUGCCCGAGGAGCCCAUUCCUCUGAGCUGCCGCCGAGACUCGCUGCCCACACGGCUGGAGCCGCCCGACGGCGACACCACUGACUGGUGCACCACCAACAUAGAGGAGAUCAAAGGCCUGCUGGCCUCCCUGCAGCCCGGAGACGUGGCGGGGGCUGCCCAGCUGGCUGGCCCUGCUGCCGGGGAGGCCCCGGACUCGGCAGCGACCAGCCCUGAGGAGGAGGAGGAUCUGUACACUGUGGGAGAGCCUGGCACUGCCGCGGGGCAGGAGGAGGCGGAGGCGGUGCCUGCAGGGCAUGACGGGGAGCGGAGGGGCCUGGCAGACGGCGACGAGGAGGAGGAGGAGCUGCCCUGCGCCACCAAGUGCUCCAAGGCCCCCUUCCAGUCGCAGUGCAGCAUGGAGGAGGAGGCGCAGCUGCUGCUGGCCAUCCAGCAGUCCAUGGACAGCCAGCGCUGGGAGGAGGAGGAGCUGCAGCGCGCCACGGAGCUGUCCCUGCGCGCCUACGAGCAGGAGCAGCACCAGGCCCCGGCAGAGCCCGCGGCUGACCGCAGCCUGCAGGCCGCCCUGGCGGAGUCUCUGGAGGAGGCGCUGUGCGUGGCCGGCUCCGCCCAGCUCACCAUCUACUCGGCCUACGAGCAGGACGUCAGCGCGCUGCCGGGGCAGCUGGAGCAGGCGUUGCGGGCGCAGCAGUGCCAGGAGAAGGUGGCGAGCGAGGCUCUGCGGGCCCUGCCCUCGCGCUGCCGCGGGUACCUGGCCCAGCUGCAGCGCCAGCACACCGUGCGCAUCUCCCUGCAGGACGCCACAGCCACCGUGCACGGCUUUGCCGACUACACGGCCCACGCCGCCCGCGACCUCACCCGGCUCCUCACCCGCCUGCUGCAGGCCCAGCUCCCGCUCGGGGAGCCAGCCGCGCGCUGGGUGCGCUGGGAGCCCCCCGGCACCGCCACCCCCUACUCCUCGGAGGCCAGCGCCCUGCUGGAGCAGGCCUGGCGCCGGCAGCAGAAGCGGCUGGAUGUGCUCUUUGACGGCAGGCCCUUCACCAUAGACUUUGAGCGCAUGGAGGAGUACGACAUCGGUGGCGCCUGCACCCUGGCCAUCUCGCGCACCGAGCCCCUGGCCCCGGAGAACGGCCGCCCUGCAG